UGAGAGGACGUAUCUUGGAUUGGGAUGUCCUAAAGGCAGAAUUGUAGCUUGUGGGGCAACUCCAUUUGAAAUGAUUAUGCGGCUGUGAAGCUGCCAUACAUCAUGAAUCAUAUCUUAUCUCCUUCGAAUUUCGCAGCAGUACCAGUACAGGACCAUCAUCUUCAGUUAUUCUCUCGCAAGUCUCAACCAACACUCAAUGUAUAAGUAUCUCUGCAUCAUCAUCUUUUUCUCCACCACCAAAACUAUCCACUUUCCUCCAUGGGUUACAGUAGUCUUCUCAAGCUCCAUUCUCAAAUCUUCAACCCCACACAGCUUUCACCACCUCCACUGCUUUACCGCCAUCCAGUUCUCAGCCAGUCCCUUCCAUUUACCCUGACCCAUCGCAACAAUGACCUCCAUCAUCUUUCCAUCACCCACUCUGUUCUUCCCAAGAAAAGAUCCAAACUUUGCUGUCUUCAAGUCCACUCUUCACUUCCUUCAUCCUCCAACCCACCAGCCUCCAGAGAAGAAGCAAUCCUCCAAGCCCAAACCUGCCUCUCCAAAACCUUAGAGAAGCCCCUCAACAACCCCAAGCUCGUUGGCAGGAUCAAGAAGCUCAAGCAGCCAAGGUUCCAAGUUGAAAUCCCCGUGGUUGAUGAUUCCCCAGCUUCCCUCUCUCAGCUAGCUCUUGAAAUCUUCAAGGACUUGCCCAUCAAAAGAAAAGGCUCCCCAGUCAAGACUCUGAUCCUCUGGCCCAACCCUGCACUCAGAGAUGCUGCAAUUGAAGCAUUCCAGUUGUAUGCUUCACCAUCAUCGUCAGCCAAUGUGGAACACGUCGACAUGUCUUCCUAUGACAACAUCAGGAGAUCAAUAUCUGGUGCUGACGUGGCAGUGUUUCUUUCUCCAGAGAGUUCCCAGCUAGUGGAUGUGAAAAGGGUUGCAGACGGUAUGUAUCCAAACCCAGUUGUGAUUCUGAACCCAAGAUGGGGACUUGAAGAAGAAGGGGGUGAGCGUGAUGGUGAUUUUGGAGAAGAGCUGAGUGGCUUUGUGGGUUCCUUUGAGGUCAUCUAUUCUUUCAUGGGGCUGGAGGUUCAAGGAGUUUUGAGCAAGAGGAAAGGAGUGAUCUUUAAGUGUGUGAGGGAUGGAAUUGUGAGUGGGGAGAAGUGGAGUGUUCUUGUUGAAGAAGAAGGAGGUGAGAUGAAGGUUAUUUCUCAAUUCAAGGCGAGGCCUUCCAUAGGUGAAGUUGAGAUUGUUUUGUACAACUUGAUGGCUAUCAAUUCUCCCAUCACCAAGUCUGCCAAGUUUCUCAAAGAUUUGGUCUCCAAUGUAACUGGAAGAAAGUGAAUGGACCGAAUCAAUGGAUUCCUUCCCUUCAUUUGAUAACUGAAAAUAAACAGACUGCAGGAAGAAGUGGCGAAAUAACAAGAAGUUUCUCUUUUGUAUGAUUGAUUCUCUGUUAAAUUCCUUUCCUUUCUUGAAUCCAAAAAAACUUAUUUCUGUUUACUAAUCUCCUAAGUGGCAUGAAUUACAAAGGAAGGAAAGAACAAAUUUUGCGGGAGAAGACCAUAAGAAAGGAAAUGAAAGAAAAAGUAUGGGGGAAAGAUGGGAAAAUAUAUUACAAUAUGAACU